CGACACAACAACUCUCUUCUAAACUUAAAGGUUCUCUUGUGUGUUGUGAGUACUCAAGAAAAGAGAACUGAAGCCAUGGGAGGCAACAGCAGGCAGAAAUCCUCUACCAAUCCCUUUGCUCUCUUCAGCUUCUUCAAACUGAAGAGCUCGAGGCCUCGAAAGUUCGAAGACGACUCUAUGAAGGCUUACAGAGUGUGGCCAAGUGACCAAGACCGAGGUCGUUACGUAGCCGACCCAGGUAUUGACAGGAGAGCCGAUGAAUAUAUUGCUGGAAGGACAGAAAGCUGGAAAACUGCAGGCAAUUCCUGCUAGAAAGUUGUGCGAUGACAAUUCAUAAGCCUCUGAAAUCCGAAUCCAUUCCUAUCACAUUUGUUAUGUCCCAUAGAAGUUGUAAUUUGUUUUACUAGUAUGGUCUUGUAGUAUGUGGAUUGCAAAUAAAUGACAUGAGCA